GCGCGUCGAGGCCGCCAAGGCUGCGGGGCCUGAGGACGCGGCGACGGGCAUCGCGGCUGAGGGGCUGGUUCGCGGCGCGGGGCCGAGGAGGGUGCGGAGCGGGCUCGGGUCACGGCUAGAGGACUCCCUGAGGUCCUGUCCCCCGGGCCACUGUGACUGGGUUUGCACUGGAGUGGAAGGCGCUGGAAGGCAGACCGGCCGCUAUGUCCACAUUCAGGCAGGAAGAUGUGGAAGACCACUAUGAGAUGGGGGAGGAGCUGGGCAGCGGCCAGUUUGCGAUUGUGCGGAAAUGCCGGCAGAAGGGCACUGGGAAGGAGUACGCGGCCAAGUUCAUCAAGAAGCGCCGCUUGUCGUCCAGCCGCCGGGGGGUCAGCCGGGAGGAGAUUGAGCGGGAGGUGAACAUCCUGCGGGAGAUCCGGCACCCCAACAUCAUCACGCUGCACGACAUCUUUGAGAACAAGACCGACGUGGUGCUCAUCCUGGAGCUGGUCUCGGGCGGGGAGCUCUUUGAUUUCCUGGCGGAGAAGGAGUCACUGACAGAGGACGAGGCCACCCAGUUCCUCAAGCAGAUCCUGGAUGGCGUCCAUUACCUGCACUCCAAGCGUAUCGCCCACUUCGACCUCAAGCCAGAGAACAUCAUGCUCCUGGACAAAAAUGUGCCCAACCCGCGGAUCAAGCUCAUCGACUUUGGCAUCGCCCACAAAAUUGAAGCAGGGAACGAGUUCAAGAACAUCUUUGGCACCCCAGAGUUCGUGGCUCCCGAGAUCGUCAACUACGAGCCCCUGGGUCUGGAGGCGGACAUGUGGAGCAUUGGCGUCAUCACCUACAUCCUUUUGAGUGGCGCAUCACCAUUCCUGGGAGAGACCAAGCAGGAGACCCUGACCAACAUCUCGGCCGUGAACUACGACUUUGACGAGGAGUACUUCAGCAACACCAGCGAGCUGGCCAAGGACUUCAUCCGCCGACUGCUCGUCAAAGACCCCAAAAAAAAAUCUAACUCUGCUGGCAGCAUGGAGCCUUCAUUCACACAGAGGAGGAGAAUGACCAUCGCCCAGAGCCUGGAGCAUUCCUGGAUCAAGGCGAUCCGGCGGCGGAACGUGCGGCGGGAGGACAGUGGCCGCAAGCCAGAGCGGCGGCGCCUGAAGACGGCCCGCCUCAAGGAGUACACCAUCAAGUCGCACUCGAGCAUGCCCCCCAACAACACCUACGUCAACUUCGAGCGCUUCUCCAAGGUGCUGGAGGAGGUGGCGGUGGCCGAGGAGGGCCUGCGUGGGCUCGAGCACAGCCGGCGCCUGUUCCAUGAGGACAUCGAGGCGCUGACGGCAAUUUACGAGGAGAAGGAGGCCUGGUACCGCGAGGAGAACGAGAGCAUCGGCCAGGACCUGCGGCGGCUGCGCCAGGAGCUGCACAAGACCGAGGCGCUCCAGCGGCAGGCCCAGGAGGAGGCCAAGGGCGCCCUGCUGGGGGCCAGCGGGCUCAGGCGCCGCUUCAGCCGCCUCGAGAACCGCUACGAGGCGCUGGCCAAGCAGGUGGCCUCCGAGAUGCUGUUUGUGCAGGAUCUGGUGCGCGCCAUGGAGCAGGAGAAGCUGCAGGGGGGAGAGUGCAGCCUCCGCUAGGGCCGCUCGGAGCACGGUGUCCUGCACCCCGGGGGGAGCCCCCGUCACCCUGAUGUGGCCCUGGAUGCGCUCCAUGGGGCCCAGGAGUCCACAGCUGGGGGGGGCUUUUUCCCGGCCCUGCGCCGGGAGUAUGUGGCUGACGUGGGCCUUCUCUGCAACCCGAGUCGUCCCCCGCCCCAGGCCCCAGCUCAGCCCCCCCUUCCCGCAACUCGACUCUGGGGGCUUCCGGGGCAGCAUCAGCACAGGAACUCUGCAAGGGGUUGGUGCCACCAAGGCAGCUGUGGCCGUGGUGGACACAGAUGCCUCACACGUGGCAGCCUCCAUGUGCAGGGCCGCGUCAGCGGCUGCAGGCCCUCCAUGUGGUAUGAGUGCAUGGAGCCUUGGUGUGGGGAUGGGGGUGUCUGAGUGCCCUGGGCUUGCCCUAGGACUCAGAAUUGGAGGGACCUCUGCUCGACACUCCGGCUCCUCCUGUUCUGGAGACGGAUGGCUGCUCCUCCAGGGUCCGUGGUGGAGGUGGCCUCUGAGCCCAGCUCUUCAGAUCCACCAGCCCCUCGCAGGGCCCCCAGCCUGGGGCUGGGCACCAGGGCCAGAGCUGAGGAGAUGAUGCAGCCCUUGAGGAGAUGUGGGUCUAGGGAUUGUAUUGGGGGCAGUGUGUGGCAGGGCACAGUGCCUGGAUGCAGUAAAGGAAACAUCUGCAAAGCUGAGUCUCCACUCCCUCCCUGAGUCAGGCCCGCUGGGGGCCGGGAAUGGGGGAAGAGCUGUGGCUGCCUGGAGCCUCCCGCAGCGGGCAGGCUGUGGAACCAUCCCCUCCUCUCCAGCUCCUUGUCAAUGCACAGCGCUGACUCUUCGGCGGGGGUGCCACCCACUGCCCUGCCCCGUCUCACUCCCUCCCCCAGUGCUGCCUUCAGGACAGCACCUCUCAGGUGGGCCCCACGGAGUAGCUGCUGGAGGCCUGUGUUCCCAGUGUCCCCUCCCUGGAGAGCCCCAGGGCUCCUUACAGACGCCCCACCCCGUGCUAUGUGCCGCCCAUUUGACUGCCUCUGCUGGCCUGGUGUUUCCAGGGACCCCCUGUCCGGGGGAGGUGGAGCCUUGGCGAGUGCUGGCCUGGACCACAGGGUUAAGAGGGUUUCAGUGGGCAGUGCCGCUGUGCGCCACUAGGUGCUGCCCUGGAGUGGGUUCUUGCGCCCCAGAGAGAGUGCCCUGGGAGCCAGGCUUCAGUGGAACGUGGGUCCCUGGCUGGUGGCCGCUCUGAGCUCAGAGUUCUCUGCUGCUGGUUUUGUUAAUCGAGGGACCCCUGUGCAGCCCCCCUUGGCCCGAGAGGAGUCCUCGGGACAAAGGCCAGCCCGGGCCGAGUGCAAGGAGGAGCUGGGCAGGCGGGCGGGUACUCCACCUGUGGCCCUGGCUGGGGCUCAGGCCCAGGACCCUGCGGGACUGAGGAGGCCUUGGGACCUGGAUGUGGGGUUGGCGUGGGUGGGGGUGGGCCUGCUGUACGCCCCUCACGAGCUCCACUGCAUGACACACGCCUCUAAGUGUAUGUGUGUUGCUCGGAGGCGUGUGUGUCAGCCUAGAGUAAGUGAAGCGUGGCUUCCCUGGCGUCCUGCUCGUCUCUGCUUGGGCCCCGGGCAGGGCCAGCCAGCCUUGGCAGUCAUCUGGUGCGACGGCCUCUCCGCCCUCUUGUAUCUCCCUCUCUCUGUCACUGCCUGCUCCCAUAGCCCUGGGGGGCCUUGGAGGCUGCUCCGAUCUUGGGGCUUAGGUGGACUGGACCUCCUGUCGUUGCCGUGAGGUGGAGGCGUCCAGGCAGCUAGAGUGGGUUUGGAGGGGUUUCCUGUCCCUUGGCUCCUUCUGAGACGCUGCCGGGUCACACAUGGGCCCCCCUGCGCUGUGCUGGGCCCUCACGAGGGAGACGUCCUUGCCGCUUCUGCUCCCACUCGCCUCGGCCUCUGGGCCUGGAACGUGGUUCCACAGAGGGCCCUUCUGACCUUCUUCCUCCUUCCCAGCGGCCUGCUCGGCCUUCUGUUGCCUCGUUCCAUGCAUCCCUCCCCGCCACCGGUUUUUUAAAACUAAGUUUACAAAAAUUGAGAUAAGGCUCACUGUACAAUUCAUCCCUUUUCAUUUGUCUGUUUUUGAUCAACAACUUCCACUUUUAAAAUCUCAGUAAAUUUCAGUUUGUCGAA